AUGAACGGAUCAGAAUAUUCUUGUCUAUUAAUUUUAAACAUAACAGAAUUAAUUAUUCAUUUAUUAGCUACUUGCCCAAUUUCUACUUUUAAUUUUAUUUUAAUUUUAAAAACUUCUUUAAUUCACAAAAAUUUAAAAUUUAUUUUGUUAUGUCAAAGUUUUUGUAUUUUUUGUAGAAGUUUGGGUCGAAUUCUUGUUUUGUCCUCUAAAUUAAUUAGUGGAGAUAUUCUUUGGGGAGGCCCUGAAGAAUUUGUUUUAAUUUUUGGGUUUGCUGCUUUUUUCAGAAAUUUUGUAGCACAUGUACUGGUUAUUGAAAGGGCUUUAGCUACUUAUUUUGUUAAAAAUUAUGAAAAUUGGAAGAAGCCAUAUUUUAAUUUUAUUUGGUUUCCAAUUGUUUUUAUUCUUGCAUUAUUAAAUUCCCUCAAUUCUGUCAGCAGUAUAAUUCUUAAUUUGGCAACUUGGAGUUUUGUACUUAUCUUCGCAAUAUUAGAGAUUAUAAUAUUUACUUGGAUGUGGCAUUAUAACGAUAAAAUAUUUCAAAAUCAGUUAUUUUUUAGACAUAGUCUUACUGAAAGAUAUCAGUUAGUAGAAAAUAUUCGAACAGCAAAACAAUUAACUCCAACAUUAUUAAUUCAUUUUUUUAAUAUUUUAAUUGGGGCAUUAAUUAAUUGGGCUUUUUAUCUGCAAAUUUUUGGAACUAAAGCAACAUCUCCAUCAGCAACAUUUUAUUAUGGAUUGUUGGAUGCUUUGUUUUAUUGUACAAUUGCUUGUACUAAUUUUGCGAUUGAAUUAACUAUGAUAUUGUUAGUUGAGAAUAAUUUUUAA